AUGGCACAAAACAGGCAUUGGGAACAAGACAAAGAUGCGACCAUCUACAUCGGAAACAUUGACGAGCGCGCGACCCCGGCGAUGGUGUACGAAGUCAUGCUCCAGAUGGGCCCCAUCCACAACAUCCACAUGCCCCGCGACCGCGUCACCCAGAACCACCAGGGCUUCGGCUUCGUCGAGUUUCGGACGCCGGGCGACGCAGAGUACGCCGCCAACGUCAUGAACGGCAUCAAGCUCUACGGCAAGUCCCUGCGCGUCAACAAGGCCAGCGCGGACAAGCAGAAGCAGGCAGAGGUCGGCGCGGAGCUCUUCGUGGGCAACCUGGACAGCAUGGUGGACGAGAAGAUCCUCUACGACACCUUUUCGCGUUUCGGCCCGCUCGUCAACUUGCCCAAGGUCGCGCGAGAGGACAGCGGCAACUCAAAGGGCUUCGGAUUCAUCUCCUACGCCGACUUCGAGAGCGCCGACGCGGCGAUUGCCAACUUGCACAUGCAGUACAUCCUCAGCAAGGAGGUCUCGGUCCAGUAUGCGUUCAAGAAGGACGGCAAGGGCGAGCGCCACGGUGACGCUGCGGAGCGUGAGCUCGCCGCGCAGGCCAAGAAGAGGAACAUCGUCCCAGAGAUCCAGGCCGUACCGCCCGCUUUCCUCAACGGCCCGCCCCCAGCCGCUGCGCCGACUGCCCCUGCCGGAUUCGACCCCUCAAACGGCCUGCCGGUCCAGGUCCCAAAUCCAGGAGCCCCAGCCGGAUUCGCGCCUCCGCCGCGAGGACCAGCGCAAUACAAUGCCGUACCACCACCGCAAGGUAUGGGCGGGCCGGGCAUGGGCCGCGGCGCCGUACUCCCUCCCGCGCCGUCUGGUCUGCCGGCGCGGCCGCCACAGUCGCAAGGCGGCUACACGAACCCGGCCGACUUCCACCCGGGUGCCCCGGGUUUCCGCCCGCCAAGCGGACCUCCCGCACCGCAAGGCUUCGCUGCGCCCCCUCCCAACUUCCCCAUGCCUCCUCCGGGAGCUUCUGGGACACCGCCCGCGCCACCAGGCUUCAUGCCUCCUCCGGGCUUCAACCCCCCUGGAUUCCCCCGCCGAUGA